AUAUGGAAUUUGUCUAAACAAACAAUACGUAUCAUAAUAAAAUUCCUCAUAGCUGAAAACUUUCUGUGCUUCUGUGGAAGUUAAUUACUGUCCAAAAGAGUAUUCAUUGCUGUAGUGUGUAUACUUGAUCUUGCUUCAUCCGUGUAAUGCUCAAAUUUCUUUUAAUUGCCUUCCAUUUGAGCUUACAAUUAUAAUCUGUAAUGAGGGUUUGGAAGGCCAAGGGUUUUGAGUAAUGCUGUGGUUUGUGUACCUUGAGUUGGACCUUCUCUGAGUUGGAGGGAAUAUAAGGAUCAACUUUGUUUUUUCUUGGAUCCGUAUGAACAACAUGAAAUUCAAAGAAGGAUGCAUGGUUGAGGUUUGCCGUUCAGAUGGGGGUAUAUUUCAGUCUUGGUUCCGGGCUAGGAUCAUUCAUGUGAUGCACAAUAUUACAAAGUGGAGUAUGACAACCUAUUAAAUGAGCAUGGGAAACGUGUUGUGGAAGAUGUGAGUGCUGAUGCAGUUCGACCAGAGCCUCCGCACAUGACAGAAACAAGAAACUUGGGUCCAGGGAAUAUGAUUAAAGUAUAUGAUAAUCAUUCAUGGAAGGCGGGUAGAGUUGUCAAAGUUUUACCUCGAAGAUUAUUUGUUGUAAAAUUAAUGGAAUCAUUACUACAGAGGAAAUAUCAUAUAUCUGUUAUCCGUGCUCAGCUGUUUUUGCACAGUGAAAGAUGGCUGCAUAAUGACCAGGUUGGUAGAGACCAUUUCUUGAAAAUGGGAUUUUGGCUCAAGAAGAAGUCACAUAUGGAAAAUCGAUUUGUGGAAUCUAAUGCAAAAACAAACGCUGGAUACAAUGAACAUGAACAUGAUGACAACAAACUUGGAACAAAGUAUCUAAAAAGAAAGGCAGGCAAUGAAGUCCCAUGCGGCUAUCAAGCAGAUAUUUUGAAGACAGAAGAUGCUUCUCAGGAAAGGAGCGCAGUUAAGAGGUUUAGGUAUGAAGAAGCUUUGCCUGUGCAAGAAAACAUUGAGUGUUCUGUAGCUAGUAGUAGCAGUAGCAAUGAGGUAGAUUAUGUGUUACAUUCUGAUAAGAAGAAUUCAAAGCACGAAUUAGAAAUUAGUGCAUACCGCUCCACAAUGAGAGCUUUUUAUGCUUCUGGGUGUUUAAGUUGGGAACGAGAAACCUUGCUGACAAAUCUUCGUCAUGAAUUGUGCAUUUCUGAUGAUGAGCAUUCAUCUGAGUUGUCACGUUUGUGCUAAGAAAAGAUAUGUAAGUUAACUUCUCUGUAAAGUGAUAUGUAAUUCAAAAUUCUUUCAGCAUUGCCUUUUGA